ACGACCUGCUAUCUGUUGAGGGUUGCUGCCUGGGGCUGACCGAAUACGAGUAUUCCGGCUUCCCCCACCAUAAUCUAGGUAUUUUAACAUUUGAACAUUUUCACCCUUGAACAAAAGAUCAAAAAGCCCCAUUUCAACCUACAAUUCAGCGAGAGAAGGAAUAAUGGCUACGUACACCGGUCACUGUCAUUGCGCCGCUGUUAAGUAUACUUUUACAAUCUCCCCAGGGCUAGAGGAGCAGGAACUUGUUUCCUGUAAUUGCUCGUAUUGUAGCACAACCGGUGCUUUACUUUUGUACCCCAAGACUACCGAUUUUUCUUUUACAGAUGGGGCGGACAAUCUGACUGAAUAUCGCUUCGCGACUGGGUCCAUUGAACACUUAUUUUGCAAAGUAUGCGGAACAAACAUGACUGCAAAAUCUUUGGUGGAGGGCGCUUUCUCUGGCAUCCAAGCUGUCAAUGCGAGAACAUUAGAUGGAAUCGAUCUGGAGAAUAUGAAAGUUAAAAAGGUGAAUGGUAAGGAUUUCACUUUUCCAUCAAAAGCAGAUGGAGAAAAGUAGAGCGAUGAUACUCUAGCUUCCAUUCGACUACCCAGCUCUUAUUUUGUCAUCUUUCAUCUUGAACCUUUAUCCCUGUAUAAAUUGAGACCCUGAGGCCUUUGAACAAUUAGUUCAAGUAUGAGUUCCUCGAAAGUAGUUCUAGCAACCCGAAUAAUCAAAAUAGCCAUAUGUCUUUGUA